CGGCGGGUAUAAGAGCGCCGCGGGGACACCCUCCCCCCCGUGCAUGUCUCCGGCGCCCUCCUCUCCUCCUCGCCUCGCCGACCGCGGCGCCUCCCCGCCUCCCUCCCUCCCUCCCGCCUGCCUCCCUCCCUCCUUCCUGCCUGCCUGCCUUCCCCGGCGCGGCGAUGCGGUCGGGCGGGCAGCGCGGAGACGGGAGCGCCGCGGCGGGCGGCGGCGGCGGGCGGCGGGCGGCCCCGCGCUGGGCGCUCUGCCUGCUGCUGGCCCUGGGCGGCCUGCGCGCCGCCGCCGACGGUGCAAGAGCAAAAUGUGAGGAAUCCCAAUUUGCGUGUAGUAAUGGACGCUGUAUUCCUUUACUCUGGAAAUGUGAUGGUGAUGAAGACUGUUCAGAUGGCAGUGAUGAGACUACUUGUGUAAAGAAGACAUGUGCUGAAUCUGAUUUUGUGUGCAACAGUGGUCAGUGUGUGCCUAACAGAUGGCAGUGUGAUGGGGAUCCGGACUGCGAGGAUGGAUCUGAUGAGAGUGCUGAGCUGUGCCAUAUGAGAACAUGCCGGGUAAAUGAAAUCAACUGUGGUCCUCAGUCAACCCAGUGUAUCCCAGUGUCCUGGAAAUGUGAUGGUGAAAGAGACUGUGACAGUGGAGAAGAUGAAGAGAAUUGUGGCAAUGUGACCUGCAAUCCAGUGGAGUUCACAUGCAGCAGCGGGCAGUGUAUUUCCAAGAGCUUCGUCUGCAAUGGCCAAGACGACUGCAGCGACGGCAGUGACGAGCUGGAGUGCGCGCCCCCAACCUGCGGUGCUCAUGAGUUCCAGUGCAGGAGCUCCACCUGCAUCCCCGUCAGCUGGGUGUGUGACGAUGACACCGACUGCUCUGACCAGUCGGACGAAUCUCUAGAGCAGUGUGGCCGCCAGCCUGCCCCUCCUGUGAAAUGCUCCACCAGUGAGGUGCAGUGUGGCUCCGGUGAAUGUAUCCACAAGAAGUGGCGCUGUGAUGGAGAUCCUGACUGCAAGGAUGGAAGUGAUGAAAUCAACUGCCUGACUCUGUUCUUAGCUUCUCGGACCUGCAGACCAGACCAGUUCAGAUGUGAAGAUGGGAACUGCAUCCAUGGGAGUAGGCAAUGCAAUGGUGUGAGAGACUGUCUGGAUGGCACUGAUGAAGCCAGCUGUAACAAUGUCAUUCAGUGCUCCGGACCUGGCAAGUUCAAGUGCAGAAGUGGAGAAUGCAUAGACAUCAGCAAAGUGUGUAAUCAGCAGAGGGACUGCAAGGACUGGAGUGAUGAGCCCCUCAAGGAGUGUAACACAAAUGAAUGUCUGGUGAACAAUGGUGGAUGCUCUCAUAUCUGCAGAGACCUUAUUAUUGGCUAUGAAUGUGACUGCCCAGCUGGGUUUGAACUUGUAGACAGGAGAACAUGUGGAGAUAUUGAUGAAUGCCAAAACCCUGGUAUCUGUAGUCAAAUUUGUAUCAACCUGAAAGGUGGUUACAAAUGUGAAUGUAGUCGUGGCUAUCAGAUGGAUCUUGCUACUGGAGUGUGCAAGGCAGUAGGGAAAGAACCAUGUCUAAUUUUCACCAACCGCCGGGAUAUCAGGAAGAUUGGCCUUGAAAGGAAAGAAUAUAUUCAGCUAGUAGAGCAGCUAAGAAACACUGUAGCUCUAGAUGCUGACAUUGCUGAGCAAAAGCUCUAUUGGGCUGACUUCAGCCAAAAAGCCAUCUUCAGUGCCUCUAUUGAUACCCGUGACAAAGUUGGAAAACACAUCAGAAUCCUAGACAACAUACAGAGCCCGGCUGGAAUUGCUGUUGACUGGAUUUAUAAGAACAUCUACUGGACUGACUCAGCUGCAAAGACCAUUUCGGUGGCUAGCCUAGAUGGUACAAAAAGGAAGGCUCUGUUUUACUCUGAGCUAAGAGAGCCAGCUUCCAUAGCUGUAGAUCCUCUCUCUGGCUUUAUGUACUGGUCAGACUGGGGUGAGCCAGCAAAAAUUGAGAAAGCGGGAAUGAAUGGAUUUGACAGACAGCAGCUUGUGACAACAGAAAUCCAGUGGCCAAAUGGAAUUGCUCUAGAUCUUGUAAAAAGCCGUCUGUACUGGCUUGAUUCUAAACUGCAUAUGCUGUCCAGCGUGGACUUGAAUGGCCAGGACCGCAGACUUGUGCUAAAGUCUCAUAUGUUUCUUCCCCAUCCUCUUGCUGUAACAAUAUUUGAGGACCGUGUGUACUGGAUUGAUGGGGAGAAUGAGGCAGUCUAUGGUGCCAACAAAUUUACUGGAUCUGAAUUGGUUACUCUAGUAAACAACCUCAAUGAUGCACAGGACAUCAUUGUGUAUCAUGAGCUUGUUCAGCCUUCAGGCAAGAACUGGUGUGAAGACAACAUGGCAAAUGGAGGCUGUAGCUACCUGUGCCUGCCUGCUCCUCAGAUAAAUGAACACUCCCCAAAGUAUACCUGUGCAUGUCCUGCUGGAUACUUCUUGCAGGAGGAUGGUCUGAGAUGUGCAGUUUCAGGUACUGGAACAACUGUGGCUUACACUGAGGCUAAAGAUACCAGCACAACAGAAAAAUCUCCAACUGUUGGACUAGUUCCUGGAGGAUUCAACAUCAGCGGUACGGUGUCUGAAGUAGCUGCUGCCAGAGGGACGUCAGCUGCUUGGGCUGUUCUUCCUGUCUUAUUGCUGGUGAUGGCUGCAGUGGCUGGCUACUUCAUGUGGCGUAACUGGCAACACAAAAACAUGAAAAGCAUGAAUUUUGAUAAUCCUGUCUAUCUGAAAACAACAGAAGAGGACCUCACAAUUGAUAUUGGAAGACACAGCAGUUCAGUAGGCCAUACCUACCCUGCAAUAUCCGUUGUGAGCACAGAUGACGAUAUGGCGUGAGCAUUGGAUCAGCGAUCUGAGUUUACUUGCAUUUUACAUUAUUGGGGAUAAUAAACCAGGCUUGUGGCUGAGACUUCCUCCAUUCUUGGAAGAAUGAAGAUACUUUCUGUAUGUAUGGAACACUUAUGUAAAUACCUAUUUUAUACAGCCUAGCAACAAACCUUGUAAAUAUCUGUCCACAACAAUUCAGCUUUUAGUGGUUAUGGUUUUAUCAGUAACCCUUGAAUUGGUCAGUCAGUAACACCACUGGCCAAAUAUAAAGCACUUUCCAUAGAAAGCCAUAUUCCAGCCACAGCUUGUGCUAUAGUGUAACACCUGUACAUAUGUGUAUAGGCCACUUGUAAAUAUUCCUAGAGAAUCACUAUUAAGCACUUUGAAAUACUUCAAAUGUAAAUUAUUGUACACUGUCUCUUUUUCAAUGGUUGGGGCAAUGGCAAUAGGAAAAAACGGGUUACUGUGAUUGCCAAAAAUUUGUAGACCUAAGUAAUUUUGUAUGUACGACUGAAACAAUCUUGUCUGUUACCUCUUAGAGGUAUACAGGUAUGAAUGCUCUUUGAGAAACCACUGUAAAUUUUAAAUGCAGAGGAGGGAAAAAUAAAUAAAAAAAGCAAUUAAAUUGGUCUUCCUUAUUAUGACACAACUGAAGUAGAAUAGCAUAUGUCCUAAGUAGCCCCUGUUGCUACGUGCCAAAGCCCCCAGCAGUGCAUAUCUGUGUGAGCUAGUGUUCCCUUUGCUGUGGGAACAGAGGCAGUCUCCUGCUCUGAGUGGGAUGAGAGUGACUGUGAUGACAGUCAAAUGCAUGAGCAAGGCUGGCCUGGGCACCCUGUGGUUCUUAGUGCUCUGCCUGCAGCAGACUAAGUAUGUGGAUCUGCUGUGCUCAGCUAGUGCUCUAGGUUGUACCUUGGGAGCUGACUUUUCAGCCAAAGGACCUGUUAGGCUGGCUCAUUUUAGAGUGCCAGUUGAUCACAGUGGCUGUAAGACCACUCAGAGUGCUGGAGCCUCCCUCUUGGUUGACCACAGGACAGAUGAAUAAAUGUGUGGCUCUAGGAAGGUGGGAUUCAUCUUGCUGCUGGUGACUGCCUAGUACCAUGCUACUUACUCUGGUGCUAGUAGCAUGAAGUCUAUUUCUUAUUUGCUGUAUGAGCCUAGUUCACUGAGGCAAUGGGGAGGGAUAAGGCUGUGUUAACUUGCGAGGUCUGUGGCCUUCAGACACUUUGCUUUGUGACCGAGUCUGGAGCCAUGAAAUGGGAAGUUUCUGCUCUUUAUGGCCUAACUGCUUGGCAGUCUCCAACUAAGCAAAAGCUGGCUUCCCUGGCCGGUAGUAGCUUACUUAAUGACAAAUUUUUGUCUUGGAUAAAGUCCCUGUUUCUUCCUCUGACAUUGCAAGAUCCUGGGCUUGAAUUGCCACCCUCAUGAAAAAUGGCAGGAAUUGCUAGCUUUAUUGCUACUCAUCCUAGAGCAGGUAUGAUAGAAAGAUUAACUUCUCCCUCAAGGCAAAAAAUUUUUUUGUUUUGAUUGGAUGCACAUUCAAGGCUACCAGUAGAAGACAUGGCUUGGGAGAAGCUGAAGUCUCCCAGUCAUGCUUUGGUGAUGACUUGGUAAAUCAUUCUCGGUCAACAUUUCUAAAAUAGUAACAAUAAAAAAAAACAGUAGAAUUUGGAUCAGUUCCCAGACUUGGUUUUAAUGCCCAUUCUCAUUGCAACUGUUCUUUUGUGUAUUGUGAACUCCUUUCUUCACAGAUGAGGAUAGCUGCCAACUUCUGCAGAUUAAAAAUAAGCUGUUUCUAGCAAGCUCACAACUCUUCUGGGAGCUGAAGCUUUAGUCAGCUAUCCCUGGCAGUUCUUGUCUAUCUACAGACAUUUUCAGUAUGUAGAAUACAUGUGGACUGAGAUUACUUAGCAAAGAUCAGGAAGUGAGGAGAUCUCUAAAGUUUCUGUCCAAGAAUAUUUUAUCUAUUUUGCUGAAUAGCUUCUGUGAUAAGGUAGGAAGAGAGGUGUAGGGUUUUUGGUGGUGUUCUUGUUUUUAGUAGCCUAAUCUUGUAAGAAUUAUUAGUUUUUGGAUAGAAUUCAACUUUUUCAAUUAGAUUUCUAGCUGUAGAUAUUAUAACAUAUUUGUAUGGAAAUGUUACAGACCCUAAAAUAGAAUUUUUAUUUUUUCAGCCAGCUUGUUGGUUAUGAAGCUGCAUAGCAACUAAACACAGGCAAAACUCUUUGCCUCUCUAGUUUUUAGAUAGAUGUACCUCUCCGCUUUCUUGCUAAAGUUCCUUGCUAUCACUGGUUUAAUACCAAAUAGCACAUCGAAUAGACUGAUAAAGAUGCUUCCUCACAUUAACAUUCAGUGUUGGAGUUGCAGCUUAAGACUCAGUUUUCAGAACCUGAGUUAGUUCUUACAGAAAUUGAAGUCUUGGGAUUUGUUUUUUGACUUUACCCGCGUGUACUGAAUAGAAUUGUCAAAAACAGUACUUUAGAGCAUGAAAGUAGUUUCUAUAGUCUGUAGGAGACAUGACACUUAUCCUGAUAAAACUUCUACACAUUCAACAGCAGGAAGGCGGUGGAGUAGGGGGUAUCAGGCAGUAGCAGGGGAUGAUAUAAUAUGACCCGUUCUUAGUUGCAGAUGUGUUUGGCUCUUAAUUUUUUAGGUUUAUCCUGCCCUGCCCUCUUCAUACCAGCGUUAUGAAGUCCUUGUUUGCUUCCACAGCAUGCUUGGAGAGUAGUCAGGGAUUCCUUCUGUAAAAACACAUCCAACUUGAACAGACAAAUGCCUUACUAUCUUUGAAUAACUUUUUUCCUGACAUCUGUGAGUCUGUCUCUUUGUUUCAUUGCUCCUUCAUGUGACUUUUUUGGCACCUAAGAAGAGUGGUAUAGCUGCACUGAAGUCCCUCAGAGGAGCCUGUAGCAGUGCUAACUGCCACUGGAAUAAUUCUCAGAAUUCAGCCAUGUUUCAGGUUCUCUGCUACAGGCUCACAUGUUCCCAGAGCAAUGGGGCAUCAGUAACCUGUUUGGCUGGGUUUUGUUUUCCACUUGACUUCUUAUGCCUCAAAGAAUGUACUGUCAAUAAGAUACAUAAACAUAGUUUCAGUGGCUUGUUCAAUACUGGCUUUUUUUACUCCAGCUGAAUUCGAAGCUCUCUGGUUCUGAAUACUGUUUAAACGCUCUUCAGCAUCUGUUAGCAGUGUGAGUGCAGAGCUGGUUAUAAAGUUCACUUUAUCUUACAAGUAUUCAAACUUCUGUACUGUUACACUGUUCCCCUGCUCCCGUGUCCUUUUCUACCUAUUUGAUCUGCUUUUUGAGCAAUAAUGUAAGAUCUACAAUGCUAACAAAAAUAGACAAGAGACAAAGGAAAUUCUUGUGUAUUACUCCUUCCCAUCUCUUCCCUACCCCAUUCCUCCUUGGAUAUUUGCAAUGUGCCUUUUCCCAAGGUAACUUUAUGUAUUUUUCCCUCUAUCUAAUGGAAAUAUCUAGUUUUGAUCUACCAGAUGUUUGAAACAGUGCAGAUGCAUUCAUUUACUUCUACGUGGUGCUGAAUCCUGCUAGAUUAAGACGAGGAGCCAGGCUUGGAGAAAUGGGAUGGGAGACCUCGAAUAAGGGAAACCUUAUAGCUGCUGAAGCACUUUACUCCAUAACCUUAGAUGCAAGUGAAGGCCUGCCCCUUCUUGCUGUAGUCCUGCCACAGCAAGCCUGCAACUCAUUGGCAAAGAAACAUGCUGUUCCUCCUCAUUUGGAGCUGGUGCACAAGGUGAAUGUGAGUUUCUUGUUGCAUAUUUGAAGGAGGGUGCUUUUGUAAGAGGUCUGCUCUAUUAAAGUACAGAAAACAACUUAA